CAGUUUGCCUUUAUCUGUCGUUAGAAACGUUAGCAAAAUACAUUCACAUUCACAAAACAAAAAAUGGAUACGAUACUAAAGAAAGUUUCGAUGAUUGUUUUGCUAUGUGUUGUUGUCUGUCUAAUAAUAGUUUUGGCUUUAGUGUGGACAAUGCCUGAUUUACCUAAGACAGUUAAAAAAGAUGAAAUAUGUUUGCCUAGUGAAACUGGUCCGCUUAAAUGUGGUUCAACCACUGACUUAUUACAUGAUUAUCUCGAAAGGAAAAUAAACAAUCAAUAUGAAAAAGUAAAAAGAGAAGAUGCAGAGAAACAAAAAAACUAUCUUGAUGGAAAUAGAGCCCGCUUAAUGAAUAUAUAUGACAAAAGUUUCUGGGAAAUGAAACCAGCCGCAAAACUCACUGGAAAGGAGCAAUCGAAUUUGCGAAAAACUGACAGUACUGCUGAUAUGGUACCUAUAAGACAGUGGUGUAACGGAAGAGAACUGUAUGAUACAAAAGGCUUUAUAAGAUAUGGAAUAAGAUACAGAAAUGGUCGACUAGUUGUUCCAGUGGAUGGCACAUAUUUUAUUUACUCUAAUCUUGACAUUUUCGAGUCCUGCAAUCCUUCAUCUGGCUUACCAGAUGUCAAGGAUAUCAAUAAACCAAUUAAGCACGGUAUUUUUAAAUUUAAUAUUCUUGAAGGUGAGGAAAACGAAUUAGUAACAAAUGUACAACCACAUACUAUCUCUACCAACCGAUACUACAAUUCAUAUAAUAGCUAUGUUUCAUCACUCGUAGAACUAAAAGCUGGUGAUGAACUUUCCGUUAAAGUUAGCAACAUUACAUACAUAAGAUACACAAGGGACAAUUACUUUGGUGUAAAUCUGAUAUGACCUCAUCGCUGUCGGGGCCACGUGCACGUCGUGGUGAGCGCACAUAAUACUAAGAGUCCCGAUACCUUAUACUCAUGUAGCAUUUUUUCACACGAGACAAUUAUUUUGGAGUAUAUCCGAUAUAACAAAAUCCUCACCCUGGGAAACACGUGCACGCCGUGGUGAGGGCACAGCCCAUCAAUAUGAAUAAAGAUACAUAUAAUAGGCAAGCUGUUAAUAAUGGGCUGACUGAGUUUCCCGUCAAGCCCCCAUAAAAAAGAAAAAUACACAGAAAUUUUUAAUAUGGAUAUAAAUUUCACUUCAAAUAAUGAUACAACAGCCCUGGACUAAAAAUUUUUUUAAUGCACCUUUUUAAAAUACAGUUUAUUUCAAAUAUUCAGUCUGAUAACUACAACUUGCACGUGAGUUCAUUGUGGACUGAUGGUUUUGAUCUUCACUUUUAAUACUCCUUCUUUGAAUAAUUGAUUAAUUAAAAUUUGGUGUGAUUUAAAUAUUUUAAUUAAUUAAACAAUUAAUUAAUUAAUUAAUUAAUCAAUUGAAACUUUAUUUUGAUUUAAAUAUGUUGUAAAUACAUUAUGUAUAUUUGUAGAAUUGUUUAAAUCUUGUCCAGUGUAUUAUAGCUGGGUCUAUGUUCUUCAGUUUGUACUCCCUAUAGUAAAGAAAUAUCAACAAAUAAACAGACAAAAAAGAAAUAAUUUA